ACGAGCGCGAGGCCGUGCAGAAGAAAACCUUCACCAAGUGGGUGAAUUCGCACCUGGCGGGGGGGUCGCACCUGGGGGACCUUUACAGCGACCUGCGGGACGGGCGGCUCCUGCUGCGGCUGCUCGAGGGGCUCUCGGGGGAGACCCUGCCGCGCCCCACGCGGGGCCGGAUGCGGAUCCACUGCCUGGAGAACGUGGAGAAGGCGCUGCGCUUCCUGCGGGAGCAGCGCGUGCACCUGGAGAACGUGGGCUCGCACGACAUCGUGGACGGCAACCCCCGCCUGACCCUCGGCCUGGUCUGGACCAUCAUCCUGCGCUUCCAGAUCCAGGACAUCAGCGUGGAGACCGGGGACACUCGGGAGCGGAAAUCGGCCAAGGACGCGCUGCUGGCCUGGUGCCAGAUGAAAACCGCGGGGUACCCCAAUGUGAACGUGCAGAAUUUCACCACGAGCUGGAGGGACGGGCUGGCCUUCUGCGCCCUCAUCCACCGGCACCGGCCGGAGCUGCUGGACGUGGGGUCCCUGCGCGGAGCCAACGCCCUCCACAACCUGCAGAGCGCCUUCGCCGUGGCCGAGCGCGAGCUGGGGGUCACUCGGCUGCUGGACCCCGAGGAUGUGGCCGUGGAGGAGCCGGACGAGCGGGCAGUGCUGACCUACGUGGCCGCGCUCUACCAUCACUUCUCCAGGAUGAAGGCGCUGGCCGUGGAGGGAAAACGCGUUGGGAAGGUGCUGGAGGCGGCGCGCGAGGCCGAGGGCCUGGCCGGCCGUUACGAGGCGCAGGCGGCCGAGCUGCUGGGCUGGAUCCAGCGCUCGCUGCUGCUCCUCACCGACCGGCGCCUGCCCCGCGGCAUCCCCGGCCUGCAGGGGCAGCUCCAGGCCUUCAGCGCCUACCGCACCACCGAGAAACCCCCCCGGUUCGAGGACAAGGGCUCCCUGGAGGUGCUGCUGUUCUCGCUCCGGAGCCGCCUCCGCGCCAACAACCAGCGGCAGUUCGUGCCCAGGGAGGGGACACACAGCGCUGACAUCAACAGGGCGUGGGAGCGGCUGGAGAAGGCGGAGCACGGCCGGGAGCUGGCGCUGCGCUCGGAGCUGCUCCGGCAGCAGCAUCUGGAGCAGCUGGCAGCGAGGUUCCACCGCAAGGCCGCCCUCAGGGAGACCUGGCUGGGGGACAACCAGCGCCUGGUGGCACAGGACAAUUUCGGGGGGUCCCUGGGGGGGGUCGAGGCCGCGCUGCGCAAGCACGAGGCCAUCGAGAGCGACAUCGCCGCCUACGGCAGCCGCGUGCGCGCCGUCACCGCCGUGGCCGCCGAGCUGGAGGCCGAGCGCUAUCACGACAUGGGCGGCAUCGCGACACGGCGCGACCACGUGGUGUCGCUUUGGGAGGCGCUGCGGGCGCAGGUGGCAGCGCGGCGAGAGCGGCUCCGGGCGCACCUGGAGCUGCAGCGGCUCCUGCGCGACCUGGAGCACCUGAUGGGCUGGAUGGAGGAGAUGGAGGUGCGGCUGCAGUCGCGGGAUUUCGGGCAGCACCUGAGCCAGGUGGACGACCUGCUGCAGAUCCACGCCCUGGUCGAGGGGGACGUGGCGGCCCAGGCCGAGAGGGUCCGGAGUGUGGGGGCGGCGGCCGAGCGCUUCCUCGGGGAGGGGGACGGGUACCGCCCGUGCCCCCCGGAGCAGCUGCGGUCCCGCGUGGCGGCUCUGGAGCUGCGCUACCGGGGGCUCUCGGCGCUGUCGGCGCAGCGGCGGCUGCGGCUGGAGCGCUCCCGGCGCCUCUGGAAGUUCCUGUGGGACGCGGGCGAGGAGGAAGCCUGGAUGCGGGAGCAGGAGCGGCUCCUGCGCUGCCCGGAGCUGGGCCGGGAUCUGCCGGGAGCCCUGCGGAUGCUGAGCCAGCUCGAGGCCAUCCGAGGGGCGCUGGGGGGACGAGCGGGGCCGCUGCAGCAGCUGCUGGAGCGGGGCCGGGAGCUGCUGGCGCAGGGAGCCCCCGACGGAGCCGCGGGAUCCGUGGAAGCCACCCCUGGAUCGGUGGAACUGGAGUCGCUCUGGGCGGCGCUGCCGGCGCUGGCCGGGGCCCGGGAGCGGCGGCUCCGCGCGGCCGCGGGGCGAUUCCAGCUGGACGCGGAGGCGGCCGAGGCCGAGGCGUGGCUGGCGGCCGCCGCCCGGCGAGUGGCGGGGCCGGAGCUCGGGCACGACGAGCGCUCGGCGGGGAUGCUGGAGCGGCGGCUGCGGGAGCUGCAGGACGAGCUGCGGCGGCGCGGGGCAGCGCUGGCGGCGCUGCGGGAGCAGGCUCUGCCCGGAGAUGCCGCCGACGUUCCCGACGUGGUGCCGGGGCUGGCGGAGCGGCUGGCGGAGCUGGAGCGGCGGCACCGGGAGCUGGAGGAGCGGGCGGAGCUGCGGCGCCUGGAGCUGCGGGACGCGCUGGGAUUGUUCGCGGCGCGCAGCGAGGCCGAUGCCUGCGCGCUCUGGGUGGGCGAGAGGGAGCAGUGGCUGCUCUCCAUGGAGAUUCCCGAGCGGAUCGAGGACCUGGAGGUGGUGCAGCAGCGGUUCGAGACGCUGGAGCCGGAGCUGGCGGCGCUGGCGGCGCGCGUGGCCUCCGUGGGCCGCGUCACGGAGGAGCUGCAGGGAUCCGGGGACAGGAACCGGGAGAGCGCCCGGGAGACCUGGGAGCAGCUCCGGGACAGGUGGGAGCGGUUCCGGGCGCUGGCCGAGCGCAAGAAGGUGGCGCUGACCGCGGCGCUGAACAUCCACAAUUUCCGCCUGGAAUGCCACGAGACGCGGGGCUGGAUGCGGGAGAAGACGGCGGCCAUCGAGGCCACGCGGGGGCUGGGCCGGGACCUGGCGGGGAUCACGGCGCUGCAGGCGAAGCUGUCGGGGAUGGGGCGCGACCUGGACGCCAUCCAGGGCAAGCUGCGGGAGCUGCGGGCCGAGGGCGAGAAGCUGCAGGGGGAGCAGCCGGAGCGAGCGCCCGAGAUCCGCGAGGAGCUGGCGGGGCUCGAGGCCGAGUGGGACGCGCUGCGCCGGUGCCACCGGAGCCGCGAGGAGUCCCUGGGGCAGGCGCGGCGGCUCCAGGGCUUCCUGCGGGACCUGGCGGCGCUCCAGGCCUGGCUGUCCCGCACCCGCGCGGCCGCGGGCUCCGAGGAUGUCCCCGCGUCCCUGGCCGAAGCCGAGGGCUCCCUGCGGCAGCACGAGAGCCUCCGCACCGAGAUCUCGCACUACGGCGCCGAUUACCGGAGCGCCCGCGCCGCCGGGCGGGAGGUGACGCGGGGACAGACGGACCCGCAGAGCCUGUCCCUGCUGCAGCGCCUGGAAGCGCUGGAUGCCGACUGGGAAGAGCUGGGCCGGGUGUGGGAGAAGCGGCAGCGGCUCCUGGCCCAGGCUGUCGCCUUCCACGUGUUCCUGCGGGACGCCAAGCAGGUGGAGGGGACGCUGGGGAAGCAGGAGCACACACUGGCCCACACGGAGCUGCCGGGCACGGUGCCGGGCGCGGAGGCGGCCGUGCGGAGGCUGGAGGAGUUCCUGGCAGCGCUGGACACCGGCACCGAGCGCGUCCGGGCGCUCACGGACACCGGGCGGAAGCUGCUGGACGAGGGCGGCGUCCAUGUGGAAAAGGUGCGGGAGACGGUGGAGUCGGUGGAGAGCAGGCACCAGAAGAUCCGGGAAUCGGCCCAGGAGCUGCUGGGGCGGCUGCGGGAUAACUGGGAGCUGCAGAAGUUCCUGCAGGAUGGGCAGGAGCUGACGCUGUGGCUGAACGAGAAGCUGCCGGUGGCUCGGGACGUGUCCUACGAGGGCACGCGGGACCUGCAGGGCAAGUGGCAGAAGCACCAGGCCUUCGCCGCCGAGCUCGCGGCCAACCGGGGCUGGCUGGAGGCGCUGGAGAAGGACGGCGAGCAGCUGGCGCGGGCGCGGCCGGCGCUGGCCGGACAAGUGACCGCGCCCCGGCAGGAGCUGCGGGCGCUGUGGGCGCAGGUGGAGGCGGCGGCGGCCGGCUAUGGGGGACGGGGUGAAGGUUUGGGGUGCGGGGUUCACCUGCUGGAGACGCAGGCGGCGCUGCGGGAGCAGGAGCUGCUGGAGACGCAGGCGGCGCUGCGGGAGCAGGAGCUGCUGGAGACGCAGGCGGCGCUGCGGGAGCAGGAGGUGGGGGCGCUGCGGGCGCAGGCCGGGGGGCUCAGCCCGGGGCACCCCCGGAGCGCGGGGGUGCAGGAGCAGGUGCGGGAGCUGGAGCAGCAGUUCCGGGAGCUGCGGGAGCCGCUGCGGGAGCGCGGGCGGAGCCUCGCGGCCGCCAGGGAGCUGCACCAGUUCCGCAGGGACCUGGAGGACGAGCUGCUGUGGGUGCAGGAGCGCCAGGCCCUGGCCACGUCCACGGACCACGGCAAGGACCUGCCCUCGGUGCAGCUGCUGCUCCAGAAGAACGAGACCCUGCAGAAGGAGCUGCAGGGCCGCGAGCGCCGCGUGACGGAGCUGCUGGAGCGGGGGGUGCCCGGCACGGGGGUCCCCGACUCGGGGGUGCCCGGGGGUGUCCCCGGGGGGGUCCCGGCGCUGCGGGAGGCCUGGAGGGAGCUGCGGGAGCAGGCGGCGAGGAGGCAGAGGCGCCUGGAGGCCGCCCUGGCCGCCCAGCGCUUCCUGCGCGACGCCGCGGCCGCCGAGGCCUGGCUGGGCGAGAGGGAGCUGCACAUGCUGGCCCAGGACAAGGCCAAGGUCCUGCUGGGGGGCGGCGGCAGCGCGGUGACGCCGCGGUGUCCCCAGGACGAGCCGGGCGCCCAGGCCAUGCUGAGCCGGCAGCUGGGGCUGGAGCAGGAGCUGCGCGACUACGGCGGCACCGUGGAGCUGCUGGCCCAGCAGGGCCGGGCCAUGGCGGCCAGCGGCCACCCCGACGGCGAGCGGCUCCGUGCCCGCGCCGCGCAGGUGCAGCGUCUCUACGCGGGGCUGUGUCACCUGGCCGGGGACCGCAGGGCCACCCUGCAGGGCCACCACCGGCUGUGCCAGCUGCGCCGCGACCUCGAUGACCUGGAGCAGUGGAUCUCGGAGCGAGAGGUGGUGGCGGCGUCCCGGGAGCUGGGACAGGACUUCGAGCACGUCACGUGGUGUCCCUGUCACUGGGGGUGGCCCCUGACUCUGGCGUGUCAUGUGUCCCCCUGUGACCCCGCGGUGUCCCUGUCCCCCGGCAGGGAUGUCACCGCGGCCGAGCUGCUGAUCCAGCAGCACCAGGGGCUGCGGGCGGAGCUGGAGGCUCGCGAGGGCUCCUUCGGGGCCUGCGUGGCCGCGGCCACCGCGCUGCUGCAGCGCGGCCACCACGAGGCCGACAAGCUGUCCCAGGAGCUGGCCGAGCUCCAGGAGCGCCGCAGGGACAUCGGGGAGCGCUGGCAGGACAAGCUGGAGUGGCUGCAGACUGUGCUGGAGGUGCUGGUGUUCGGGCGCGACGCGGCGGCGGCCGAGGCCUGGCUGGCCAGCAGGGAGCCCCUGGCCCGCGCCCCCGAGCUGGGCUCCAGCCUGGCCGAGGCCGAGACCCUCCUCAAACGGCACCAGAGCUUCCAGAAGGCCGCGGCCGCCUGGGAGGAGAGAUUCGCUGCGCUGAGCCGCCUGACCACGGUGGUCCCCAGAGGGGCGCAGGAGGGGGGGCCCGGCCCGGGGGGAGGGGCGGCCACGCUGCCCCCCCGCGCCCCUCCCCCACCCGAGACCCUCGAGGGGGGGCUGUGCCGGAAACAGGAGCUGGAGGCGCCCGGCAAGAGAGCCACCAACAG